AUGACUUCAGUGACUAGAUCAGAGACGGCAGAAGUGCUAGAAGAGGAACCAGUGACAUCUAAGGCUCAUGAUCAUCCAUUGGAAUCAAAUGCCAAUCCUGUGGAAGUGUGUAAUAAAUCGCCUGCCUCCCUGGAGAUGACUCAAGGAGUUUCAAAGGAAGGAAUUCACGUUGAUUGUAGCCCUAAAAAAGGAGAGUGUUGUGAACUCAGCCACGAGGAAGCACUCCAGCCCAGGUCUCUUCAUUUGUCUCCCCAAGAACAGUCUGCUCAUCAUCGAGACAGAAGGCAAUCCUGGCGGCGAGCAAGUAUGAAAGAAGUCAACAGGCGGAAGUCACUGCCUCCCUUUCAUCAGGGCAUCACAGAGCUCAGCAGAUCCAUCAGCGUUGACUUAGCAGAAAGCAAACGGCUUGGGUCUCUCCUGCUUUCCAGUUUCCAGUUCUCUGUUCAGAAACUUGAACCUUUCCUAAAGGGCACGGCGGGCUUCAGUCUUGAAAGUUUUAGAGCCAAAGCAUCUUCUCUUUCUGAAGAAUUAAAACAUUUUGCAGACAGACUGGAAAGUAAUGGAACUCUACAGAAAUGUUUUGAAGAUUCAGAGGGAAAAGCAUCAGAUUUGUCUCUGGAAGCAUCAGUGGCUGAGAUGAAGGAAUACAUAACAAAGUUUUCUUUAGAACGUCAGACUUGGGAUCAACUCUUGCUGCAUUAUCAGAAGGAGGCUGAGGAGAUCUUAUCCAGUGGAUCAACUGAAACAAAAAUGACUGAAGUUGAACCUACAGCAUAUCUUGGGUCUUCCCAGAAUGAAGUCCUUAAUACAAAGCCUGAUUACCAGAAAAUAUUACAGAGCCAGAACAAAGUCUUUGACUGUAUGGAAUUGGUGAUGGACGAAUUGCAAGGGUCAGUGAAACAGCUGCAUGCCUUUAUGGACGAAAGUACCCAGUGCUUCCAGAAGAUGUCAGUACAACUCAAGUUACUGAUUUAUUUUUGA